CCUCCUCCCAAGCAGUCUCUGGGUGCUGUCCAUGUACGGCAGGGAUAUCCUCUCCCACAUGGACCAUAUCAAGGCCAGCAUCACCUCCACAUUUGGUUCCAUCUUAAAGAUGGACUCAACCAAAAAGAUCACAAAGCAUCAAAGCAAGGUGGAGAUGCAGCUCUUCCCUGCUCCACCCUCUGGCCCUCAGGUGGAGAUGCAGCUCUUCCCUGCUCCACCCUCUGGCCCUCAGGUGGAGAUGCAGCUCUUCCCUGCUCCACCCUCUGGCCCUCAGGUGGUGUUGCAGCUCUUCCCUGCUCCACCCUCUGGCCCUCAGGUGGAGAUGCAGCUCUUCCCUGCUCCACCCUCUGGCCCUCAGGUGGAGAUGCAGCUCUUCCCUGCUCCACCUUUGGGCUCCAUGAUAUUUACUCCAGUGAGCUCACAGGUUCCUGUCCUGGUCGCUGCUCCACAGGCUCUGAAUGCCAGCCUCUCUCUACUUUUCCUGCUCCUAGUCCUGCUCCUGCUCCAUACAGCCAAACACUGACCCGCAAAGUACUGCCCAACACGUGUGGAGGUGUGGGAGCUUUGGGACAGCGGACACUGGACACAGCCAGUACAGGGAGUAGUGAACUACAUUGUGCCAAAGGAACAAUGGUUGGAGGACAUAACAAAAUGUAUAUCCCCCCACCAGAGGCAUGGACACUAGACACUUAUUUAUGUAUAUAGUUCGGUGUAUAGUUUGAUAUUUAUUUAUAUAUAUGAUAUGUAUAUAUUUUAUUAAGUUUAUGAUAAUGUUUAUUUGAUGUUAAAACCCAUUUAGAGUGUUAUUUUGUUAUACUGCACCUUACUUACUUGUAUGGGUUGUUUUACAUUUUAUUAAG